CCAACAAAGCUAUAAAUAGCAGCAGCACACUGCAGUCGUGGAGGAAGUCACUCAUCCCGUACCAGACCAACAAUAUCUAAAUUCUGCGCUUUCCGCUUCUUCAUCUACUCUGUUGUCACCUUGCAAGUUCUGGUUGUUCUUCUCAUUCUGUGCUCUCCAUUUCUUUCUUGCAAAAACCCAGAAACUCAUUUCUUUUAUGGCCGAAGUCUCGCUCUCCUCCGUUCAAAUCAUCAGCGGUAACGGCAGCUUCAAUGCCGCCGUUCUAGACCGAUUCGUCCGCCCCACCAAGCUCCCCAAUUGUGGCCUUGCUUACAAAAUUGUCGCUGUGAUAGGCCCACAAAGCAGCGGGAAAAGUACUCUAUUGAAUCAUCUCCUUGGUACAGAGUUUAAAGAGAUGGAUGCAUCAGAAGGAAGGAGUCAGACAACUCGUGGAAUUUGGAUAGGGAAGUGUGAUGGCAUUGUGCCUUCCACUAUUGCCAUGGAUAUAGAGGGCACCGAUGGGAGUGAAAGAGGCGAGGAUGACACUGCUUUUGAGAAACAGAGUGCCUUGUUUGCUUUGGCAACUGCAAAUAUUGUACUGAUAAAUAUUGUCAUGUGUAGUUGGUGCCAUGAUAUCGGUCGGGAGCACGCUGCCAAUAAGCCUCUUCUGAAAAUUGUUUUCCAGGCCAUGAUGAAACUGUUCAGCCCCCGUAAAACUACCCUCCUGUUUGUUAUACGUGAUAAAACUAAGACGCCGCUUGCAAAACUGGAUAAGAAUUUAAGACAGGAUAUUGAGAAGGUAUGGGAUGCAGUUCCUAAACCUGAGGCCCAUAAAAACACUCCUCUGAGUGAGUUUUUUAAUGUGGAGGUCACUGCUUUAUCUAGCUAUGAAGAGAAGGAGGAGCAGUUUAAAGAGCAGGUUGCUGAACUAAGAGAGCAGAUUGUCAAUUUGAUAUCUCCGAGAGGACUAGCUGGAGAUGGACGAGGUGCUGUUCCUGCCUCAGGAUUUUCUUUUAGUGCACAGCAGAUAUGGAAACAUAUAAAAGAAAACAAGGAUCUGGAUCUUCCUGCUCAUAAGGUAAUGGUGGCAACCGUUCGGUGUGAAGAAAUUGCCAAUGAGAAGCUCCAUCGUUUGUUUGCUGAUGAGAAUUGGUUGGCAUUGGAGGCUGCUGUUCAGGAGGGUCCUGUCCAGGGAUUUGGACAAAGGCUUAAUGCCAUUCUCUAUCCAUAUCUUUCUGAGUAUGACAAAGAGACGGUCUACUUUGAUGAAAAUGUGAGAACUGUAAAACGUGAAUAUUUGCUGUCAAAAGCAUUCGAUGAGGCUUACAAACGGGUUCCCGAUAGGUCCACUCCACCUCCGCCUCCGGCCAACUUCUGGUCAAUUGCACCCGGGGUUGCAUCGGCAGCUGUGUCAGCAACUGGACUUGUUCUUAAUUUCAUCGGUUGAAGUACGUAGUUAUGUGAUCUGAAUAGGUUAGUUUGAUGCGUACACGGAUCUGUACACCGCUGGACUGUACAAAUCUUGUUUUGUUGUGCAUUUGGCAAUUCUUCGAAUAUUGAGUAGGGUUAGAUAUUUGUACUCGUACCAACUCUUUUAAACAAACCGACAUGUUUCAGGAUGAUUGUCUGAUUUUAAAACCCUAGAAUUUUGCUUCCUUA